AUGCAUCAACAAUUUACAGAUCCUUCAAUAUGGGAUAAAGAUGAAUAUUUUACAUCAACAAGAGGUAUAAUAGAUUUAAUAUUUACAUUAUAUGAUGGACCAGAUAAAGGAACAGGUAUUUAUGUUAUUGUAAAUACAGGAAAAAAUAUAAUGGGACAAAAAUUACCACAAACUUUAAUAAAUAAUUUAGUUGGUAAUCAAAAUAAUUUAUUAGGUGAAUAUCCACAACAAUCAGAUUUUGCUCCAAGUAUAUUAUUUUCUAUAUUAUUUGGAUUAAUAACAAUAAUUUAUUGUAUUAUAUUUAUAAUAAAUACUUAUAGAGGUCAUUAUUUUUUAUUAACUUUAUUUUGGGGAUUUUGUACAUUAAUGAGAUGUAUGAGUUUUAUUUAUAGAGCAGUUUGGUCUCAAAAUAUAACAAAUGCAAGAUUAGGAAUUGCUGAUGAAAUUUUAUUAGUUAUUCCUUCAGUUUUAUUAAUUUCUGCAAAUUUAAUAUUAGCUCAAAGAUUAUUUACUUGGAGACAUCCUGUUGGUGGUACAAGAAAAUUAUUUUGGAUAUUUAUGUUAUCACUUUAUGGAUUUGUUGCUGUAUUAUUGACUAUUGCAAUUGUUGCUUCAGCUAUUCCAUAUGAUCAUUUAUUAGGUGUACCAAAGUAUGAAUUAUAUAAAAAUUUAAAUAAAUGGAUAUGUGUUAUGUUAAUUGCUUAUACAUUAACUGCUAUAGCAUUAAUUAUAUUAAGUUUUUGGUUACCAACUAAAAAAGAUGAAAAAAGAUAUACUUAUCAACCUUGGUGGAUUGAAUCUUUUUCACCAUUUUAUUUUGUUAAAAAAGGUGCAGCACAAAGAGCAGAAUUAACAUUUAUGAAAAGAAAUUCAAAUCAUAGACAUGCAACAAGAGUUAUUGCAGCAACUCAUCAUCAUUAUAAUAUGGUUGAAGGUUUAACAAAUCAAAGAGGUGAUUUAAAACAUAAUAUUUCUUUAUUAAUUGUUUCAAUUACAACAAUUUGUGUAUUUAUUGCAGCAAUAUUAAGAUGUAUUGUUGUAUUUCAAGCAAGAAGACAAAAUGUAACAGGUCCAGCUUCAAAUCCAGUGGCAAUGUAUUUUUCAUGGGGAGUUUUUGAAUUUACUCUACAUUUAGCUCAAAUUAUUGGUAGAGCAGAUUUAAGAUUUUAUAGACCUGAUAUUUUACCUGCUCAAGUUAGAGCUAUUGUUACUGCUGAACAAAGUAGAGUUGUUACACCUAAUCAUAGUGAUGAUGAAGAAACAGGUAGUGAAGAAGAAACAGAUGAUGGAGAAUAUGACUACGAAGAUGAUGAUGAUGAUUAUGAUAAUGAUGAUGGAUUUGUAUAUAAUUCAACAUCAAGUAAAGAAAAUUAUAAUGAUGAAAAUGAUACAGAUGAUGAUUUAUUUUUUGGACCAAUAAGCGAUAAUCAAAAUAAAGAAAAAUUGAAUAGUUUAAGUACUAAUGAUUCUUAUAAUUUUAAUACUAAUCAACAUACUUAUACUAAUACUCCAAAAUAUGGAUUUAAUGAAAAACAAAUGGAUUUAGAAGAUGAAUUUAAAUUUUGA